CCGCACUCCUAAAGCAGUGUUCGAUCGAACUUGUUUCCCCAAAAGUGUAUCCCCAAAAAGCAGCAACAAAAAACAGCCACCUCAGCCGUUCUUCGUUCAGGUCGCAGUUCGUUUCCGCAGUUGGUAUCGUUUUCCACCGAGAAAAAAAUGUCCACCGCCGUUCCGAGCGGGCUGUUCUUCCUGCCAGUGGUUCUGGUUUCGGCCAUUCUCGGACUGCUGACCGUUACCGUGACGGCAAAUGCGCCCCAUCUCGUUCACCGGAGGUUCGAGUACAAAUACAGCUUCAAGCCCCCGUACCUGGCCCAGAAGGAUGGAACCGUGCCGUUCUGGGAAUACGGCGGAAAUGCCAUCGCUAGUUCCGAAAACGUUCGGAUAGCGCCGUCGCUGCGCAGCCAAAAGGGUGCCAUCUGGACCAAGCAGAAAACCAACUUCGACUGGUGGGAGGUGGACAUCGUCUUCCGGGUGUCCGGCCGGGGCCGUAUCGGUGCCGAUGGGCUUGCAUUCUGGUACACAACCGAAAAAGGCGACUACGCUGGGGAUGUUUUCGGUUCCUCGGAUCGCUGGGUCGGUUUGGGUAUCUUCUUCGAUUCGUUCGAUAACGACAAUAAGCAUAACAACCCGUACAUUUCGGCGGUGUUGAACGACGGAACCAAGAAGUUCGAUCAUCAGAAUGAUGGAUCCACUCAACUGUUGUCGGGUUGUUUGCGAGACUUCCGCAACAAGCCAUUCCCUACGCGUGCCAAGAUUGAAUACUACAACAACAUUUUGACUGUGCUGUUCCACAACGGAAUGACCAAUAACGAUCAGGACUACGAGAUGUGCUUCCGGGCCGAGAAUGUUGUGCUGCCGAAGAACGGUCAUUUCGGAUUGUCAGCAGCUACCGGAGGUCUUGCCGAUGAUCAUGAUGUUUUCCAUUUCUUGACCACGUCGCUGCAUAUUCCUGGCCAGGUGAAGGAAGAACCUGCUCCAGAUCAAGAUCAGGCCAAGCUGACCCAGGAAUACCAAGACUAUCAGAAGAAAUUGGAACUACAGAAGGAAGAAUACCGAAAAGAACAUCCUGAAGAAAAGGAUGAGAUGGAUAACUGGUUCGAGGAUUACAAUGCCCGUGAGUUGCGACAAAUCUGGGAAGCGCAGACGGCUACGCAUGAUCAGCUGCGUGCGUUACACAGCAAGUUAGAUGAAGUUAUCGGUCGUCAGGAACGUACUCUGGGAUUGCUUUCGGUGCAAGCUGGACAGGGUAUGCCUCCGCCACAGGUGCAACAGCAACCGCAACAGGGUGUUCCUCAACUUGGCGCUUCCGGUGGAAUACAGCGUAAUGAGGUCGAUGCUCUGCUCCAGAAUCAGAACCUUAUGGUUCAGACGAUUCGUGAAAUAAGAUCCAUCAUCGGAGAAGUUCACGCCCGUACGGAUAGCAUUCUGACCAAUCAGGCUCGGGCACCGACGGCACAGAUUCAGGGUGGAAGCUACGAUAUGCAGCAGUUGGUCUCCGAAAUGCGUGAUGGCUUGAACCAGGUCAAACAAGGUGUUGCAGGAGUGUCGCAUAAGCUUCAACAACCCAACGCUCAAGGUCAGGUUCAAUGUCCGACACAAAACUGCGUUGGAACGACGAUAUUCCUGGCUACGAUUGUCGUUCAUUUGCUGCUGGUUAUUGGAUACAACAUUUAUAGGGACAGCAGAGAUGCCCAGGCCAAAAAGUUCUACUAGUAGGAAACGUGCGAUCAUUUUAAGUAGACCCACGACCACCCAGUCCUGUUAAAAAUUUCGGAAACGGAAUUAUCUUUCGAUCGAGGUGCAGUAGCAUUUGGGCACCAGCUUCAGCGUGGGACGAGAGCUAACCGAAUCCGAACGGUUUGGGUAAUGCUGCUGCUGUUCCACGAAUUGUACCAGCAACCCACAGCUAGGGACGCAUAGUAAUCUUAGAGACGAAAGGCAGACAAAAGAGUAAAACAAAACAGUACAUUUAGUGUUGAUAUGAUUGGGGCAAUUCCGGUGUAAUAUAAAUAAAACAUUCGAAAAUAUUUAGCAUUAAUGAAAGACUAUUUGGAAAAAACGGAACUGAGUGGAAUUCGCAGCAAACUAUUUGGUAGAACUGAAAAGCGUCGUAUAUGGUAAAAAGUUUGAUUUGUUUUUAUUCUUAAUCAAGGUCGUACUAUCACGAACGACAAGAUGAGGAGCAUUUAUUACUUAACCAACCACCCAUAUACGAAUUGAAUUGGCACACAUUUAAGGAAAAAGCAAAAAAAAAAAAGGUAACAAAAGGUGGUUCAUUGCCUGACGUGAAUGUUUUAGAUGUUUGUGUUUUUCAAAUCCUUAUACAACUUACAAUACUUUCAAUUUAGAGUGAGAUUUAGUUUGUUUUUGUUUCAUAGUGAAAACUGUAAUUCAAAAUAUUCUUGAAUAGAUGUAUCCGGCAUGAGGAGGGCACGUUGCCCUCCAAGGCCGAUAAUCUCUAUUGCUAUCGUUUUCCAGUUUGCGAGUAUCGCAACGUUGCUUUGUUACUUUAUUGCAAUGAUUUGUGGCCGAAAAAGAACUAACUAUUUUGUUUCAAAGAAUGAACAUGUCGGUGUAAAUGUGUAUUAUGUUUGUGUAUUUGAUUUAUAAGAAGAGCGAGAAUUAUAAAAAAAUAGAGUCGAAGUUUAUCAAAAAA